UUAAACGUGAAUUUAACUUGUUUGAAAACGUGAAGAGAACGUCGUGAAUAAAAUGGCUGACAAAGUUGAAUCUCCAGCUGCACCAGCGGCAGUGGCAACACCUAAGAAGGCUACAUCUCCCAAGAAGGCUGCUACUCCGAAAACAAAGAAACCUCGUGUCACUGCGAAGGCAACUCAUCCUCCUGCAUCCGAAAUGGUUCUUGCAGCAGUCCAAGCUUUAAAGGAAAAGAAGGGCUCUUCUCUUCAAGCAAUCAAGAAGUACAUUGUUGCAACAUACAAAGUUGAUGCUGACAAACAAGCUAUUUUCAUCAAAAAGUAUCUAAAAUCGGCUGUUGCCAGCGGAGCUUUGGUCCAGACUAAAGGAUCGGGUGCUGCCGGAUCCUUCAAGUUGCCUGUGGGUAAAACUGAGGCCAAACCAAAAUCUACAAAGGCUGCUGCAAAAGCCAAAUCAGCAUCAAAGGCAAAGAAACCAGCAUCCCCAAAGAAGGCUCCUAAAGCCAAAAAGGCUGUUGCUGAAAAGAAAAAGUCUACAAAAGUUGCUGCGAAACCACCUAAGGCAAAAACCGCCACCAAACCUAAGGUUGCGAAGGCUGUCCCGAAAACGGCGAAGGCAGCUUCUCCCAAAAAGAAGGUUGCAGCGAAGAAAGUUGCAAAGAAGUAAAUUCAAGGAAAAUAUUAUUUGUUGUAAUAUUUUCAAGAUCAUGCACAAUCGGCCCUUUUUAGG